AUGCUUGAUGGGCAUGCCUCACACAUGAGCUACGAGGUCAUCAAAUUGGCCAUGGAACUCAACAUCAUCCUCUUCCAGCUGCCCUCCCACACGUCGCACAUCACCCAGCCGUUGGACGUCGUCGCUUUCGGAACCUUCAAGAAGGAGGUGACUAAAGUNGAGGAGCUUUACACCGGAGCGGAACAAAGCAUCCUUCGGCGGGGCUGUGGCCUGUGGACGUGGAUCGAGCGCUGACCCGGCUUCAGGGCACGGCGAAGAGGAAAGAGGCCGACCGGGCGCCCACCCCUUGAGGAUGUCCCCAUCGCUAUGACCCACGAGCAGGUGCAAGAGGCCAUCGGAGAGGGACUGAUUCUUGCCGUGGCGGCAAGCGAAGUACCGAAAAUAUACCCAUUUUUGAACAACUAUUUUUUGAGCGUAACAAUUCCUUU